AACUGUGGGCAAAUAUAUAUUCCAUGUUAUUUUCUGGACCUCAUGCCCAAGUAACUUUAAACCUCUUUUAUCUUCUUUCUUUUAUGUAUAAAGUCAUGUCCUUUAGCUCAUUUGUAACACACGAGCUUUUAGUUCCAAAGCCUCCAUCUCAGUCUUGGGUGUUGGCCAGCAUUUGGGAGCCUCAAGUUGUGAAAUAGUGUCAUUUUUCUCUUUGAAGUGCUUUAAUUCACCAGUUCUGUGGUGAAGAGCUGUCAGGAUGGGGUCUGUUCCCUUUUCAUGGCUCAGAGGGCCUGCUUAUGACAUGUCUAAUCAAAUGGAAUUGGGAAGAAGAUGCACACUGUAGUUUUGAUUCCUAUUACUGAGAGCCUGAAGAAUGACUUUCCUUCGUGAUCUCUGAUGUUCACUAUGUUAUUUAAAGGCCUAAUGUUCUGUCAUGCAUAAUUUAUGUAAUAAAGGUGCAUUUCCAUUGUAUUAGAUGCAGAAUGAUAUAUGCAGAAGUAAACUGCUGUAAUUUUACAUGUUUUUUUUUUAAGGCAUCACAAAAAUCAGGCUCUUUGAACAGCCUUUCUCCUACAAAUUUAUUUUACUUUGCUCAAAAAAUCAUGGAAUCGGAACUGUUUGAGGCUUGAAUGGAUCUUUGAAGUUCAUCUGGUCUAUCUGCUUCUUAAAGUAGGGCCAUCUAGAUAAAAUUACUCAGAGCCUUAGUUGGAUUUUGAGCAUCUCCAAGGAUGGAUAUCCCAACUUUUGUGGGUACAGAACACAUUUCUGUCACUUUAUUGCCUUCUUUUGGCAAUUUUUCUACCCCCUUAUAUUCAGUGAGAAUGUCCUUUAUCACAAAGUGUGUUUGUUGGCUUUUGUGUUGCCACCUUGAAUCUUUGGGAAGACUUUGGCUUUAUUUUCUCUAUACCCUUCCUUUAAGUAGCUAUAGACAGCAGUAAAACCUAUGCUUAGCAUCCUUUUCUAAAGGUUGAAAACCCCCCGAGUUUCACUGCUUGAUCUUGUAUGUAAUUUUAUCCAGAAUUUAAUUUGUUUCUGAGACAAAAGUAUAUUAUAAUGCAGCUUUUAAUAUAGGGUUUUUUUUAAUGCAAAAGAAAUCUUCAAAUGUAAUAUAUAUGUCCUUUUUGAAGCAAUUUUUUUGGGAAUUGUAGGUUGCUGUUGUGUGCAUUUGGGUUUUUUUUUUUGUAGAGCAUAUAUGUGUGAAUGCAUGGUUUUGAAGUUUCUCUAGAUUAUGUGUAGAAUGUUAUGAUUAAUGCUACUGGAAUUUAAAAUAUUUCUUUUUGUAACUAACCAUUAAAAUAAUAUAAAAUGGAAAUCUACAGUAAUGCUUUUUGUCUGUCUGUCCACAUAUCUACAACAGCAUGAUAGAGAGAAAAAGCAGUCCUGUCCAUGAGGUUUUGUUUCACCAGAAGUAUAUUACACAUCACCUGUUGAUGAUUUCUUCUGUUCAGCUUGGAGAAAAUGAUCUUCAGCUGGAUUCCCCUGAGAGUUAAUCAGAGUCAUUGCCACUGUUGGGAUUAACAAUGAGCAAUUGCUGAGCUCGCCUUGGCAACUCUUACCCAGCUCUGGAGCAUUUGUUGUCAACAGGAAGACCAAAUUCUAUCAGACCUGAUGGUGGGCAGGAGACUGUUCCACUCCAGCAUUGUGCAGCUCUGCUAGAAAGGUGAGGAAGCUGCUGGCCAAGGAGUUGGAAGAGUCUGCUGAUCAAACUAAGCACCUUUGGCAUACAGAUCUUGGAUUCUGAACUUGAAGCAGUUCUUCAAGAUUAUAUGCUUCUUGAAACUGGGAAAGUAUCUGCAAUAAAUAGGAUUGGCCAUGAGAAUUUGUAGAGUUUGAAAUUUGGAAGUUUGGAAAUACUGUGAUGGGGCCACUGACAAGUUACCUUCCUGUGUACAGAGCCUAAUGAGCUGUGUGAGGGCCCUGCGCUUGGUGAUGUCCCAUCUCAAGAUGCUGCUAAUACAGUAGCUAAUUAUUCCUAACUGAAGAAGUUGAACAGAAGAAAAAGGAUCCGGGGAAAAGCAAUGGCUGCUGCAGCUGAUGGUUUGGGAAGUAUAGCUAUAGAUACCACGCAGCUUAACAUGUCAGUCACUGAUCCCACAGCUUGGGCUACAGCUAUGAAUAAUUUGGGGAUGGUUCCAGUAGGACUAGCAGGACAACAGCUUGUGACAGAUUCAAUCUGUGUACCAGGCUUUGAUCCGAGCCUUAGCAUGAUGACUGGAAUCACUCCAAUUAACCCAAUGAUACCAGGCAUGGGAUUAGUGCCGCCACCACCACCAACAGAUGUGCCUGUAGUCAAAGAAAUAAUUCACUGCAAAAGCUGCACACUCUUUCCUCCAAACCCAAAUCUUCCACCACCUUCAACAAGAGAGAGACCUCCUGGGUGUAAAACAGUGUUUGUUGGAGGAUUACCAGAAAACGCAACGGAGGAAAUUAUUCAGGAAGUCUUUGAGCAGUGUGGAGAUAUAACAGCAAUUCGGAAAAGCAAGAAGAAUUUUUGUCACAUCCGUUUUGCAGAGGAGUUCAUGGUUGAUAAAGCCAUUUACCUUUCUGGUUACCGCAUGAGAUUAGGAUCUAGCACAGACAAAAAGGAUUCAGGUCGCCUUCAUGUUGAUUUUGCUCAGGCAAGAGAUGACUUUUAUGAAUGGGAAUGCAAACAAAGAAUGCUGGCCAGAGAAGAACGCCACAGACGUAAAAUGGAAGAAGACAGACUGCGCCCUCCUUCACCUCCGGCAAUAAUGCAUUAUUCUGAACACGAAGCUGCUUUGCUGGCUGAAAAAUUGAAAGAUGAUAGCAAGUUUUCCGAGGCCAUCACGGUGCUGCUCACCUGGAUUGAGCGAGGCGAGGUGAAUCGUCGCUCUGCCAACCAGUUCUACUCCAUGGUGCAGUCGGCCAACAGCCACGUCCGCCGGCUCAUGAAUGAGAAGGCAGCUCACGAGCAAGAAAUGGAGCAAGCCAAGGAGAGUUUCAAAAAUGCCUUAACAGGGAUCCUCACUCAAUUUGAGCAGAUUGUCGCCGUUUUCAACGCUUCUACCAGACAAAAAGCUUGGGACCAUUUCUCGAAAGCCCAGCGAAAGAACAUAGACAUUUGGCGAAAGCAUUCUGAGGAGCUCCGAAAUGCUCACAGUGAACAGCUCAUGGGAAUCCGCCGGGAAGAGGAGAUGGAAAUGUCCGAUGAUGACAGUGGUGACAAUCCCACUAAAAAGCUGAGAGUAGAUGAUUCAGCCCUAGCCGCCCAAGCAUAUGCGCUAAAGGAGGAGAACGAUAGUCUCCGAUGGCAGCUGGAUGCUUACAGGAAUGAAGUGGAGCUCCUGAAGCAGGAGAAAGGACAGCUCUUUCGAACAGAAGAGAGCCUUACGAAGGACCAGCAGCUGCAGUUCCUACAGCAGACAAUGCAAGGCAUGCAGCAGCAAUUGCUGAGCAUACAGGAAGAAUUAAAUAACAAAAAGUCUGAACUGGAGCAAGCAAAGGAAGAGCAAACGCAUACACAAGCAAUGCUCAAAGUCCUGCAGGAACAGUUAAAAAGCGCCAAGGAAUUAGCAGAAAUCAAUGGGCAUGAUGAAUCUCAAGCAAAUGAAAUCAAUGUAUUGACAGUAGCAUUGGUCAACCAGGACAGAGAAAAAAACUCAGAGAAACGAAGCCCAGGUCUAAAAUCAGAGAAAGAGGCACUAUUAAUAGGUAUCAUAUCCACAUUUCUUCACGUCCACCCUUUUGGAGCCAAUAUAGAGUAUCUUUGGUCUUAUAUGCAGCAGUUGGACUCUAGGAUCUCUGCAAAUGAGAUAGAAAUGCUUUUGAUGAGACUGCCACGCAUGUUUAAACAAGAAUUCACUGGUGUAGGAGCAACACUGGAAAAGAGGUGGAAGUUUUGUGCCUUUGAAGGAAUUAAAACUGUCUGACUGUGA